GGCGCAUCGAUAGGGGGCAUCCGACUUAAACAAGAGAACAUCUUAUUAACAAACAUGACAGCUUCCUUGCUAACAUUUGUAAAUAGAACCGAUUACCACCAUGGGGACAGAUAAGACCAAUCGAGAUACAAGCCGGGAACAUGGACAGUCGGAUAGAUCAAAAACCAGAUUGAGUGAUAGUCGUACAGCCAGUGGAGGAAAGCCGUCAUCGAUCUCGAGAAUAGAACAUGCUUCUCGAUAUGCUUCUGACUCGGAGGAAGACGGGAAGCGUCGAGGGAAGCGGAAACGUCGCCAUAGUUCAUCCAGCAGAUCAUCGUCCUCAUCUUCCUCAUCCUCUUCCUCGUCCUCUUCCUCGUCGUCGUCGUUUUCAUCAUCAUCAUCAUCUUCUUCAUCGUCGUCAUCCUCUUCUUGUGAAGAAAGGAAACGACGCUCGAGUACUAAGCAGAGGAAGAAGAAGAAACAUCCCAGAGAGCUGAAAAGAAAGAAGACAAAACUGAAAAAGGCUGCGAAAUCUCCAAUGCAACUCUCCAAGUAUUUGAAAGAUAAAGGUAGUGGCCACCACAGUGCUAUUUCAGGGAGGAAGAUUAAACUGAAAGUAAAGAAAUCAAGGAAAGACAAGGAGAGGGAAAAGAACAGAAAACAGCUCCUGGACUUUCUCAAUGAGACUGUAUGACUGAGCGAAACAUCUUGCAUCCAGAUUCACUUUGUCAUGGUAGUAGAACGCAGAAUUUACGUACGCACAUUGUGGAUCAUUUUUAAGCAUCGAGCGUAAGCGUGUUCCAUGCAAGAUAAGCAUAUAUAA